AUGGAUGAUGUUAUUGCAGUGCAAAAAAAAUCCAACCCGACAGAUGUGGAAACGAUACGUAAAUUGUUCAAUAAAGCAACACGAGAAGCAUAUGAUGGAAGUUAUGGUCUUGCUAGCAUACAAGCUACUUUUCGUACAACACCGAAAGUUGCAUGUCAAAUGCGAUGUGUUCGUUUGAAUUACAUGGCUUCUGUUUAUCAUGAUAGACCUAAUAAACUAAGGAAGAAUAUUUCCUGUUUGCAAAACAUCCACCAAACAGCAUUGAAGUUCAUCAGUAUUGAAACAUUUAUCAAGCUUGAAUUAAAAUCAAAGCAAAUGUCAAUCGAAUUUGUUGCACAGGCUUUUGAGUUAAUGAUUGUAGAAUUUGGAAGAAAGGCACACGAAUGUUGGAUUGACUAUGCGAAUUUUAUGUUGAAAUAUGAGCCACUCACGUUACAAACAAUUCAUAGGCGCGCUAUGGCCUCAUUGGUAUCAGAUGAAGUCGAACUAUUUCUGGCAGCUUAUAAUAAAUUGCUGCAAAAUUCUGUUAGUAAUUAUACUGAAUCAGAUUCCGAUACGGAAAAGGAUAUUGAAAAUAUUGAUCUUAUUGAGGACGACGACGAUGAUACUGCAUAA